AUGAAUAAGAAAGUUACAGCUGAGUUCUUAGCUGAUAGAUACUUGGAGGAGUUUAGAAGCAAUCCAACUUGGAAGAUUAGACAAAUACAGGAGAGAGCUUUGACUGAUUUGGGAAUUAAAGUGAGCUACUUUAAAGCUUGGUUAGCUAGGUAUAGGGCAAAGCUAAUUAUUUUUGGGUCUUCAGCUGAGCAGUAUGCCAAGGUAUGGGACUAUGCUAAGGCAUUAGUGGUGCACAACCCUGGGACUGGUUGUGUGGUUGUUGUAUAUGGGAUAGAGCAGCCUGAACCCCCUCUUUUUUUGAGAAUGUUUGUGUGUCUAGCACCAUUAAGGGAUGGUUUUGUUAGUGGAUGCAGACCAAUUAUUGGAGUAGAUGGCUGCCAUCUUAAGGGUGCUUACCCUGGCCAAAUUUUAGUUGCUGUAGCUAAGGAUGGUAAUAACCACAUAUUUCCACUAGCAUGGGCAACUGUGGAAAUUGAGAACAAGGACACAUGGUCAUGGUUCCUUGAGUCAUUGGUAGACAGCAUUAGAGGUCAAGAUGAAGGUGAAGGGUUGACUUUUAUGUCUGACAGGCAGAAAGGCCUGCUAGAAGCAUUUGAGAAUGUUGUACCUAAGGCUGAGACUAGGUACUGUGUUAGACACAUCUGGUCUAACUUCAAACAACAAUUCCAAGGAUCUCUAUUCAAAGAGCUAUUUUGGAAUGCAGCUAGGGCUUACACUCAGUAUUAUAAUGCAUAUGGUCAGACUGAUUUUGAAGUGGCUAUGGAGUCUAUAAACUUUUUAUCUGAAGAAGCCUAUGAUUACCUAGCAAAUAUCCCCCCCCCCCCAACAUUGGUCCAGACAUGCAUUCUCCCCAACAUGGAUGCUAGGGAUAAGCCAAUCUUAACACAAAUGGAAUGGCUUAGAAGAUACAUGAUGAAGAGGACCAAUGAUAAAUGGAUGACAGCCUCUGAAUGGGAAGGGUUGUGUGUUCCUUAUGUGAAAAAGGUGUUUGAUGGGUUGGAAAAGUAUGCAAGGACAUGCACUGUCCAGUUAGGUAGGGGUGAGCUUUAUGAAGUGGAGGUUGAUCCAAAGCUUUAUGUCUACCCAUACUACCACAUAGAGACUUACCUGGCUGCCUAUGAGACUCCCAUUCAGCCCAUGCCUGGAGCCAAGCAUUGGGAUAAGGUGCAUAUGAGAGAGCCUAUGCCUCCAGCUUUUAAGGUCCAACCUGGGAGACCAAAAGCUAAAAAGAGGAAGCUUGAACAAGGGGAGGGGAGUUCUGCACCUAAUUCAGAGAACAAGAAAGUGAAGAGAAGGAAUCAAUGCAAGAAAUGUGGGGGUUUUGGCCAUUAUGCCAAAACUUGUUCUCUAGAUCCUGCCCCUACACCAGUUCAAGUUCAGAACACAGCACCAUCAGGAGGUAGGCCAGCAUUGGACAACCCUUGGAUGAAGGAACAGAGGAGGAAGAGUGAAUUGAGAGCUAUGAAAAAGAGUGCAGCAUUAGGAGCUACUGCAGGACCCAAUAGCAUUGGAAUCAAGAAGUUUCCUCAAGAAUUGGCAAAAGAAAAAGCAGCUGAGGCAUCUUCUGCUUGUAAUGCAUCUCAGCCAACUGAGCAAGUGCAACCUUCUGCAAUGGAAGCAUCAGCAAGCCAGCCCAUGACUAGGAGCAGAACAAAGCUUACUGAAACUUCCCACACCUCAGCCUCUCAGCCUCUUCCCAGACAGCAGAAUACCAGGCACAAGUUAUCAGUAUCAAAGGGUUUACAUCAGCAUUAG